UUCCACCAUCUCCAGGCUCAACCCUUUGGUACCAGGAGAGAAUCCACAGCAUCUCAGUUUCUCUCCCUCUGCCACCUUCCCCAGCUUUUCUUUGCUUCGCUGUCACUACACGGAGGACUUGCACUUUUUCACCAACAUCAUCUCUUGCAGCAUUUCCAAGCCACUGGCAAUGGUUUAUAUGCAUGUAUAAAUAAAAGAGAUAAAGAAGGAGUUGGGACAGAAGGAUACGGGGUAUAUUUUAAAUCUGAUCUUCAAGGACUGGAAGAAAACUAAACAUUUAUUUCCCUGCACCCUAGUAAAUAAAUACAUACAUAAAAAGAAGAAGGGGACGCAUCAUUAUUCCUGAUUUACAGUAUUGUGUGCCUGGGAAUAGAAGAGACAUCAGCUGAACAAAGCCUAUCUCUACAGAACAAUCUCACUUCUGAGCCAGAUCAUAUCAGAGACCUGCAUGGCAUUUUCUCUUUACAGGGGUAAGCCGAGGAGUACAACAUAAAUUGAAUCUUAUCCCGACCAUCAUCUUUAUCGAUUGUGCUGCUAUUAGGAAGGAGAGGGGGGGAAAUAUCUUGAUUGUGUUUAUCUCUGCAUCUCUUUUGUUAUUUAUCGAGACCUGGGAGGAGGAAGAGAAGGGGAAAACAGCACUUUUCAACACAUCCUCACACACACACACACACACACACACCCAAACACACCGGCUACUGAUAUAUUCUAGAUCUCUGGGAGAAAAAAAGACUCUGGUGGGAAAAUGUAUCUCUAACUCGUCUUAAAUUACCUACGUUGUUAUUUAUACUCUCCAAAAAUUAGAUAACAUCUUCCAUUUCUGGACCUGCGAGGCCAUCACAAGGAAUGAGAUCUGCCUUUUCCAAUUCAAACAGAACAACUCGCUGCUUUUAAUUUAUUUUUGAUUCUGAAUUUUUCUUUUUCUUUUUAAUGUUCCUCUCCUGGAGUUUCGAACUGUAAAAGCACCAGGGUGUGGGAAAGGGGGCUUUAAGAAAGAUUGUUGCAAAGACUCAGGCAAGGCUCAUUUCCCCACCCCACCAAAAUGAUGCUCAGCCCGGACCAAGCGGCGGAUUCCGAUCACCCCUCCUCGGCUCCCUCGGACCCGGAGUCCCUGGCGGGGACCGACGCCAAGGGGCUGCUGGGCUGCUGCGUCUCGGACCCGGAGCCGGUGGAGGAGGGCGGCGGGGAGGGCAAGGGGGGCGGCCGGGCGGCCCUGCACCCCCAGCAGCUGAGCCGCGAGGAGAAGCGGCGCCGGAGGAGGGCCACGGCCAAGUACCGCUCGGCCCACGCCACCCGCGAGCGGAUCCGGGUGGAAGCCUUCAACCUGGCCUUCGCCGAGCUGCGCAAACUGCUGCCCACCCUGCCCCCGGACAAAAAACUCUCCAAGAUCGAGAUCCUGCGCCUGGCCAUCUGCUACAUCUCCUAUCUCAACCACGUGCUGGACGUGUAGGGGCUGGGCCGCGGCAGAGAGGGACCGCGGGAGCUCGGCUGGCGGGGACGGAGGCGACGCGCACUGCCGGGAGGCGAUACUGACAAGGGGAGACACUUGCAACAUAUUCCACCUGGGGACGGGAGGGGCCCUCUGAGCCCUUCCUGGCGGCCCCGGGGGUGGAUCUGACUCUUUCGGGACAGCUUUGCGGGGUUCCCCAGAGUCCUCCGGGUCAGACAUUGCAGAUGCAUCUGCGUUUUCUGUAGGGCCUGAUAACCAGCCAAGACCGUUCAUGUCAAUAGACCAACUCGCUGUCUCCUGCGCGGCUAGUUUUCCUUUGGAAAUCACUCCAGACUUCGCAGGUAACAUUUCAUUGUCCUCCCUUUCUUACUGAAGGAGAGCUCAGAGCUGUCAUGGCUCUAGGGGCCAAAAGCUCCGAAAUUAGAGACUUUUUUAUUUCUCCUCCCGGACAAUCGCACAGUGCCCUACACAAAACGCAAGAGACCAGUUUGUUUUUCACACGAGAACUUCUACAAUUAGCCUCCAAUUCAGCAAAGCACUUAAGCACUUGCCAGGUCAAGGGGACUUUAAAACGGCCCUAAGUUCUGCAAGCUUAAGUGCUUUGCUGAAUGAGGACAUUAAAGACUCACAGGGUAAAAGGAAGCUAUAAAGAACAUAAAAAGGGAAAGGGCAGAUGCAUUUCCAAAGUCUUCUGGGGGUAUAUAAAAAUAGACUGAAUAUUUUGCAAGGUUUUCUUUUUAAAAAUCUUUUCCCACCUAUACCACAAGGUGGAAGAGCAGUUUGGUGAUACACAUAUAGAAAGUCCAGUUUUAGAAGGAAAAUGUAAAAUCAGAUUGUUUUUCAGGUUGUCAAGUGCCCCUUUAUAUAUCCAAAAACAUCUACUUGUGACCUUAAACAUGUGACCCAUGGGUGCAGUUAAAAAUAACUAUUUUUUAUUUAUGUUAGAAGGAGUAGACUAUUUAUUUUUUUCAAGACCUAUUUAUUUUUCUGAGUGGUGACAAUUUUACUUUGGAUACUUUGUGCCAAUUGGUUUAUAUAGUCGAGUGUUUACACUUUCUCCUGUGGAAUAUUAUGUCUAACUUUUCAAGUGUUUGUUGGGAUCAAUACAGUGGUUAUUUGUUUUUUGCUCCAGUUAUAUUGCACUUGUAUAUGACAACCUUCCCUUCCGCCCUGUUUCUAAGUAUAUUUUAUAUAUUAAGACAUUUGUUCUUGAAGGAUUUUUCUUUUUUGUGUGGGAUCAACACUAGCACUUCACUAGAGGUUGUUUUUUUUUUAAAAUACUUGUUGUUAUUCUGAACUAUAGUUAUGUCUGAAAAGUACUUUACAAACAGUUUAUAAGAGAAGUAGUUUUUUUGUCUGUGUGUGUGUGUGCGUGUGUGUGUGUGUGUGUGCGUGUGUAUGUAUGUGUGUGGUAUUUUUUUAGGAAAUGACUUUUUUCCUAAAAAAAAGAAAAGAAAAGAAAGAAAUAAAAAUAAAAAUAAAAAAAAAAUCCAGGACUACUUUCCUUUGUAACAACCAAAAAAAUUCUAUAACCUGAAUAUGUUUCAUGUUCUCUGCUGUGAAUCUCUCAAAACAAGGAGCGCGUUUUAGAGACAAAAAAAGAAAAAAGAA